AUGUUCAAUAUGCAUGCGUCCCAAUUCAACCCGCGCAGUCCGGCACAGUUGGCCCAGGAUUGGCAGAUUCCUACUAGGCCUAGUUCUGAGCUUGCCUCUCAAAUGGGCCAAAACAUUGAUCAGACUGGCACGAAUGUGAAAACGCCUACAGCGAAGCAAACGAAGGGACAGUCGAGUGGUAAUACAACGACCAGCCCUGUGGAAGCCCCGAAAACGGCGGGUACUACCGCGAAGAAGUCGAAUACAAAGCCAAAGAAAGCAGCUAGUGAGAUGGGCGAGGAUGACGAUUACGACCCGAAUGCACAACUGGCAAGGUCUUCUGGAACUAGGGCACGUGGCGGAAAGGGCGGUGGAGCAGCCAAGAAGGGGGCGAAAGGAAAGAAAGCCGCUGUUGAGAAUACGAAUGCUGCCCCAGAAGUCGAAGGCCUGGAAACCAACAUUGCUCCUGGAGGAAAGUUGGGCCGUACGACGGCUAGCAAGACUAGCAAGACUAGCAAAACCACGAAGCGACAGAGCGCAAACGUCGCAGGCGUCAACGAUGAGGCUCCGGCUCCGGAAUUGGCUGCUCAGGCGAGCCAGACCGGCACUCAGAAGCCAGCUGCGGCGAAGCGUAAACGGAAGGCGACCGAUGAAGGCGACGUCGAAGCCGAUUCCACCAACGCCACAGCUGGUGCCGGCCCCAAACGCACUCGCACACGUGCUCCGGCUCGUGGAGGCAAAGGGCCGGGCGUAUGA